CUCCGGCUUCCUCGAUUUCAAAAUCUCUAUUACUCAUCUUUAGUUUUAGUUUCUCGGAUUUGUUCGUGUUUCUCGUCUUAGUUUCUGCAUCUAUACUUCAUACCAUGGCAGAGGAGAGGUACAACAUGAAGAAUCCAGCGGUCAAGAGGAUUCUUCAGGAAGUCAAGGAGAUGCAGUCAAGCCCUUCCGAUGAUUUCAUGAGCCUUCCACUCGAGGAAAAUAUAUUUGAAUGGCAAUUUGCCAUUAGGGGCCCUUGUGACACUGAGUUUCAGGGAGGAAUUUAUCAUGGACGUAUCCAGUUGCCAGCAGAAUAUCCAUUCCAGCCUCCUUCAUUUAUGAUGCUAACGCCAAAUGGCCGUUUUGAAACUCAAACAAAGAUUUGCCUAAGCAUAUCAAAUCAUCAUCCUGAGCAUUGGCAGCCCUCAUGGAGUGUCCGGACUGCUUUGGUAGCAGUGAUUGCUUUCAUGCCCACCAACCCGGAUGGUGCAUUGGGCUCACUGGAUUACAAAAAGGAAGAAAGACGUGCAUUGGCCAUCAAAUCUCGUGAUGCAGCUCCAAGGUUUGGAACUCCAGAACGCCAAAAGCUGAUUGAUGAGAUUCACCAGUAUAUGCUAAGCAAAGCACCCCCUGUUCCCCAACUCAUCCCUCAACAGAUCUCCAAUGAACCCUCUACCAGUGAAGAAGGGGAAGCGGAAAGCAGUCCACAAAAUGCUGGUGUAGUUGCAGUGGGUGAGGAGCAUCCAAAUCCAGAAGGGGAUGACAACAGGAUGGUGGAAGACAUUCGGGAAGUCCACAUGAAUGCUAAUGCUGGGCCCUUGAGAGUCAGUUUCACUGCGGGAUUGAGAGUGUCGAGACAAGUGCCAGUUGUGGAUCCCAAUGAGCAACUAGAGCAGGGGCCAGAAAUGAGGGUGCCGAAGCCUUCUGAUGACCGUUUGUUUACAUGGGCUGCUGUUGGGCUUACUGUUGCCAUUGUGGUUCUUUUACUCAAGAAAUUCUUGAAGUCUAAUGGAUAUGCUGCUGGUUACAUGGAUGGGUUGUAAAUAGAGAAAUGUGGGGAUGUCUGAACGACGGAAUGCAGCUGAUCAAUCAACUAGGAAUUGAAACAGAUGUAGUUACAUUUUCCUUUCCCAAAGGUAAAUAUGUAUUAUAUUAUAUACAAUGGUCAUUACUUGUGAUU